AUGCUGCAGAGUCAAGCUCCGCACGUCUUCUCGCAUCAGCACCAAUAUCCCCAGGCCGACUCCUCAUGGGCCCAACAACAUCAGCAACACCAGCAACACCAGCAGCAACAGCACCAGUCUCAUUUCCAAUCGCAACAGCCACAGCAGCACCCGUCUCUCGCCGCGCAGCAACAUGCCCAGGCCCAGGCUCAGGCCGCUGCCGCUGCCGCAGCUGCCCAACACCAGCAGCAGCAGCAGCACUAUAGCCGUAUCGGUAUGACGGGUGGUGUCAAUAGCAACUCACAGACUCCUGGCGGUCAGGACAACGGCAACGGAAUCGCAGGAAACAUUGAUAGUGGCGUGAGCGAGGAAAACAGGAAGGUUCUCGUCUGGGUCGCCGAGCUGCUGGACCCCAACCGGAGAGAGUCGGCGCUCAUGGAACUGAGUAAGAAGCGAGAACAGGUGCCAGAACUUGCACUUAUUAUCUGGCAUUCAUUUGGUAGGGAAUACCCCUUCAUCCGUCACCCCCGAGUACAACCGUACUGUGCGAUAUAUUACAUGCUAACGUACUUCCAAGGAGUCAUGACAUCUCUUCUGCAAGAGAUUAUCUCUGUUUACCCACUAUUGAACCCGUCUCAGCUGACUGCCGCUGCUUCGAAUCGAGUAUGCAAUGCCCUAGCCCUGCUGCAAUGUGUGGCAUCCCAUAAUGAGACCCGAACCCUAUUUCUCAAUGCUCAUAUACCGUUAUUCCUCUAUCCCUUUUUAAACACAACCUCCAAGUCUCGUCCGUUUGAAUACCUCCGUCUCACGUCACUCGGCGUUAUCGGCGCUUUGGUCAAAAAUGACUCGUCUGAUGUCAUCAACUUCCUGCUAACUACCGAAAUCAUCCCUUUAUGUCUUCGAAUAAUGGAGACCGGGUCAGAACUUAGCAAGACCGUGGCCAUAUUCAUCGUUCAAAAGAUUCUACUCGAUGACAUUGGUCUAGCUUAUAUUUGUGCGACAUAUGAACGAUUCUAUGCUGUUGGGACAGUCCUUAGCAACAUGGUCACCCAGCUUGUGGAGCAGCAAACUGUUCGGCUACUUAAACAUGUCGUCCGCUGCUUCUUACGCGACAAUAACCGUGCCCGUGAAGCACUUCGUCAAUGCUUACCAGAGCCCCUUCGCGAUGCUACUUUCUCGUCUGUUCUUCGCGAUGAUGCUGCUACUAAACGGUGCCUUGCCCAGCUCCUCAUAAACCUGUCUGACAACGUCGUCGAUGGCUCCAAUGCUGGCUCCGGAAUGUGA